AUGACGCGCCCCCAGCCAAUGCCCCAACCGCAUCCCCCGCCUCCUUCAAAUUCAGGGCCCGCCCCGCCGAUCCCGGCAUCCUCAGCGCGAGCUCAGCGGCCGCCGUCGGCCCGCAGUUGCCAUGGAAACAACGCCGCCAACGCCGCCGCCGCUAUGGCCCAGCAGCAGCCUCCGGCGUCGCGGGUGUUCGUGGAACUCGCAGAAAAUGUAACAGUGACUAAGGAUUUCAGAAGAGUAGAAAAUGCUUAUCAUAUGGAAGCAGAGGUCUGCAUUACAUUUACUGAAUUUGGAAAAAUGCAAACUAUUUGUAACUUUCUUGUUGAAAAGCUAGAUAGCUCUGUUGUCAUCAGCCCACCACAGUUCUAUCAUACACCAGGCUCUGUUGAGACACUCCGACGGAAAGCCUGUCUUGUUGCUGUUGAGAACGCAAGGCGUAAAGCUCAAGAAGUCUGUACCCUUGUUGGCCAGAGCAUAGGAAAACCUUUAUUAAUCAAAGAAGAGGAAACAAAAGAAUGGGAAGGCCAAAUAGAUGAUCACCAGUCAUCAAGACUCUCAAGUUCAUUAACUGUGCAGCAAAAAAUCAAAAGUGCAACAAUACAUGCUGCCUCAAAAGUAUUUGUAACUUUUGAGGUAAAGGGAAAAGAAAAGAAAAAAAGGCAUCUCUGAGAUUCUAACCAAAA